AUGGCGCUGAACCACGACGGGCCCGAGUGCAGCGUUCACACGCGGCUGGAGGCGUACAGCUGCAAGAGCGUCAAGCGGGAUAAGCGCCUGUUCCGCACGCUCGAGAACGCGUACGAGUCGGACGUGUCCGUGUCCCCCUCCAUGGCCGCCCUCGCGAUGGACGAGUCGACGCCGUUCGGGCCGUUCGACCAGCAGUCGUCCCGCAAGACGCUCUUCCUCCUCAUCUCCCUCCUCAACGUCGCUUUCCCCGACCACGACUUUUCCGACCUCAAGCCCGCGCAUUUCAACCGCGAGACUUCGGGUGCACAGGUGCUCAACGCGCUCAGCACUACGCUGGUUGCACCUCAACGGGCCGGCCUCCGCGCACCGCGCACAUAUUCCUCCUACCCGCCCGCAUCCAACGACUUCUUCCCGAGCUCGCUACCCACGUCCUCCUCUCCGCCUCAACCCGCACCAAGUCCCUUCGCACCCCCACCAAUAAUGGCCGGCACGCACCCCUCGUUAUACAAGGUUCUUGACGACGUCAUCGGUCUCGGCGAAUGCGAUGUAUACAGCUACGAGCCAGACUUGGAAGCAGACCCUCACGCGGCGGACUUCGACGACGACUCGGACGACGAUACGAGUUCAUCGAGUGGCGACGAUUCACCAGAGGAAACUUUUGCCUUCGACGACUACGACGUCGACCUUCCGAGCUCGCGCAAGAGCACGUUGAAAGACGAACAUGAGCCCACACGGAGACGCGGAAGUCUCUUAUGGAGCUCCCAUUGGUUCUUCCUCAACCGCAAGCUCAAGCGGAUACUCUUCGUCUCCAUCCAUGCUCGCUCGCGCGGAGCGGCGAGAUGGGCGGACAGCGACGAGGACAGUCUCGCGUACGGGAGCAUUGAGAAGCCUGCGACGAUCUCGGGUGAACGAUUCUUGGGCUGGGAAGGUGCCAGGAUACGGAACAGGCGCGACUUCGGGCCCAACACCUUCCUCUUCUACCUUCACACGGACAUCCUUCUUGUCGAUGUUGCCGUCAGGGCACAUUGGAUACCCUGUACGACUAUGAUGGACUCGCGCUUUGACGAUGUGCGCUCUGUACUUGUAUCGUCAGCUCGAUCGUCGCCGCUGGCGGCGUGA